UCCUGUGGCUCGCGGCGUUGGCCCGGGAUGGGGGAAUCCUAGAGCGGGCGGUGGAGCAGGCUCUCCUGCACCUCAAGCUUUCUGGUAGACGCCCUGCGGCCGCCGCCGCCGCCGCCGACUGGGAGCUUCCUGCGGAGAGAACGGCGCGGUGCCUGCCAGCGGGAGGGUCUGGGGCCUAGCUGACCCGAGCUGCUGGUGAAGGCUCUGCUUAGUGGCCUCAUCAGGCCACGCCUCAGCCGGUGUGGCUGAAGAGCCCAGGAGGUGGUGGUGCUGUCAGCUUGCUAUGGCAUUGUUCAAGUACCUACUGGACCGUGGUUUUGCAGGAAAUGUGAAUCUCAGGAGAGAGCGGCCAGAGUGAGAUGUGAACUGUGUCCCCAUAAGGAUGGAGCUUUAAAAAGAACAGAUAAUGGGGGUUGGGCUCAUGUGGUUUGUGCCCUGUAUAUUCCAGAGGUACAAUUUGCCAAUGUUUCUACAAUGGAACCUAUCGUUUUACAGUCUGUUCCACAUGAUCGUUAUAAUAAGACUUGCUACAUUUGCGAUGAACAAGGAAGAGAAAGCAAAGCAGCCACUGGUGCUUGUAUGACAUGUAAUAAACAUGGAUGUCGACAGGCUUUCCAUGUAACAUGUGCUCAGUUUGCUGGACUACUUUGCGAAGAGGAAGGUAACGGUGCCGACAACGUCCAGUACUGUGGCUACUGUAAAUACCAUUUCAGUAAGCUGAAAAAGAGCAAACGGGGAUCUAAUAGGUCCUAUGAUCAAAGUUUAAGUGAUUCCUCUUCUCACUCUCAGGAUAAACAUCAUGAGAAAGAGAAAAAAAAAUACAAAGAGAAGGACAAACACAAACAAAAACACAAAAAGCAACCAGAACCAUCACCUGCUUUGGUUCCAUCACUGACUGUUACGACAGAAAAAACUUACACAAGCACUAGCACCAACUCUAUGUCUGGAUCAUUGAAGCGCUUGGAAGAUACUACGGCAAGAUUUACAAAUGCAAAUUUCCAGGAAGUCUCUGCACACACAUCCAGUGGAAAAGAUGUUUCAGAACCUAGAGGGUCAGAGAGCAAAGGGAAGAAGUCUGCAGCUCACAGCUCAGGUCAGAGGGGAAGGAAGCCUGGUGGUGGAAGAAACCCAGGAGUGCCUGUGUCAGCAGCUAGUCCCUUCCCGCAAGGUAAUUUUUCAGGAACUCCAGGCAGUGUGAAGUCUUCCUCUGGAAGUUCAGUGCAGUCUCCCCAGGAUUUCUUGAGCUUUACAGACUCAGAUCUGCGCAGUGACAGUUACACUCACGCCCAGCAGUCGUCAUCAACCAAAGAUGUACAUAAAGGAGAGUCUGGAAGCCAGGAAGGGGGUGUAAAUAGUUUCAGUUCCUUACUUGGUCACCCUGCAACCUCAGCUGUUAUUUCACAGCCUAAAAGCUUUGAAAAUUCACCUGGAGAUUUGAGUAGUUCCAGCCUUCCUACAGCAGGAUAUAAGCGGGCCCAGACUUCGAGCAUAGAAGAAGAAACCAUAAAGGAAAAGAAAAGAAAAGGAAGUAAACAAAGUAAGCAUGGGCCUGGUAGACCCAAAGGAAAUAAAAGUCAAGAGAAUGUUUCUCAUCUCUCAGUUUCUUCUGCUUCACCAACAUCAUCAGUGGCUUCGGCUGCAGGAAGUGUCGCAAGCUCCAGUCUUCAAAAAUCUCCCACUUUGCUCAGGAAUGGAAGUUUACAGAGUCUUAGUGUUGGCUCAUCUCCCGUUGGUUCAGAAAUUUCCACGCAGUAUCGGCAUGAUGGAGCUUGUCCAACAACUACGUUCUCAGAGUUGCUGAAUGCAAUACACAAUGGUAUUUAUAACAGCAGCGAUGCAGCAGUGUCAUUCCCCAUUGCGGCGUCCGGCUCAGGGUCCAGCACUCCGGUCUCCACCUCACAUUUACCCCCACAGCCUUUGGGGCAUUCGCAGCAGCCGGGUGCUCUUUCCCCCUCCACUGCCUCAACCGUAACACCUGCUUUGGCCACAACACAGGCGAAUGCCCUGUCUUGCCCCUCCCUGGGGCAGGCGCCCUCGCACGUGUACGGCAGCAGGUUAAACCCGAACCCGGUGGUGGCAGCGCUCAUAGCCCAGGCUGACAACAGCCAAACAGAUCAGGAGCUGGGAGACAGCAGCCGAAGCCUGGUCGGUAGAGGAAGCUCACCCCGAGGAAGUAUCUCCCCGAGAUCCCCUGUGAGCAGCUUGCAGAUGCGCUAUGAUCAGCCCGGCGGCAGCAGUUUGGAAAAUCUGCCUCCAGUGGCAGCCAGCAUAGAGCAGCUGCUGGAGAGGCAGUGGAGUGAAGGACAGCAGUUUCUAUUAGAGCAGGGCACACCCAGUGACAUUUUAGGAAUGCUGAAGUCCUUACACCAACUUCAAGUAGAAAAUCGAAGAUUAGAGGAACAGAUUAAAAACUUGACCGCCAAGAAGGAGCGUCUGCAGUUGCUGAACGCACAGCUUUCAGUGCCUUUCCCGACCAUAGCGACAAACCCCAGCCCGUCCCAUCCGAUGCACACAUUUUCUGCACAGACUGCUCCGACUACUGAUUCCUUGAACAGCAAUAAGAGCCCUCAUAUAGGAAACAGCUUUUUACCUGAUGGUUCUCUUCCUGUAUUAAACCAGGACUUAACCUCCAGUGGUCAGAACACCAGCAGCUCCUCCACCCUGUCCACCCCUCCGCCCGCCGGCCAGAGUCCGGCACAGCAGGGCCCCGGAGUCACUGGGGCCCAGCAGGUCAACGGCGUGGCCGUCGGGGCGCUGGCGGGGGCGGUGCAGCCCGUGGCUGCCUCCAUCCCUGCCGCCACUGCGGUCGGGGGGGUGAUGGGAGCUCUGCCCGGUAACCAGCUGGCAAUUAACGGCCUUGUAGGAGCUUUAAACGGGGUGAUGCAGACCCCCGUCACCCUGUCCCAGAACCCUGCCCCCCUCGCCCACACAACCGUACCGCCUAAUGCGACACAUCCAGUGCCAGCCUCGCUGACUAACAGGAUCAGUGUUGUAGACUCGAUGAUCGUUGUGGGAUUGGAAUGCCUUAGUGAACAGCACGGCCGAGUACAUGACCCAGCCUGCCUGCUGUGUGGGGUCCCUGUGGAGCAGCACCAGGCCUUCCUGUACCAGCUGGUGCAGCAGCAGCAACAGCAGCACCACCCGCCCGAGCUGCAGCCGCUGCAGCUGCCCAUCAACAGCCUGCUGGCGGGGGCCCCAGCGCCUGCUCUGCACACGGCCGCCACCAACCCCUUCCUCUCCAUGCACGGGGACGGCGCCGGCCAGAAGGUCACGAGAAUUAGUGAUAAAACUGGGCCUGUAGCUCAAGAGAAAAGUUGACCCCUGAGAGACACCUGAAACAGCCUCUCCUUCGUCGGGCACCAGCGAGGGUGUUGCUGCAGCCCCUGCAGACGGCUGUGAACUGAGACUGAGACUCGGCCGCAGGACAGCUCGCCUGAGGGCGCUUGGAAGGCAGAUUGAUUUUAUUGUUGCUUUGUUGCACUGAAUUGAGUUCCCGUACCCUCUGCCUCACCCAAAGGUUUUAAAUUUUGAAAGAAAAUGUCAUAGGUAAUUUUUUUUGUCAAUGAAAUAACUUACAUAUAAUGAGUUUAUCAACCCAAGAAAAAUUUAAUAGUCGGUGCACAAACAGUGUUUUGCUAUUCACAUCUCCACUUUUUUAACAACUAAAGACUGGUUCCACUUACAAACUCCUCGGUUUUACUGUAUAAGCUGGAGUAUGGAGUGCCAGAAUACCAUCUCUUCUUCCGGUUAUAGUCAGAGCUGCAAUUUCAAGGGACUGUAAAUUUCUUCUUUAGGAUUGCAGGUAUAUAUCAUGUCAUUAUAUAACUGGGACUACAAAACUUCACAGUUAUCUCCUUUCUAAUGAGACUUGGCCAGUUUGGUAAUCUAGGACGUGACAUUCGCUUCUGCCGAAGGUACUUUUCUUUUGCUAAGUGCUUCUUUAGUGUCCAGACCUCGCGGUAUAGGGAGACUUUGCGUAAAGUUCUGAGGCUGCUGGGGAACGGGGUCAGAGCAGAAGUGUCUUUCAGAAAGAGCCCGUUCUGGAGGCUGCUGCAGGGCUGGCCUUGACCAAGGGUGAGCGAACCCCGCUAAAGCGGCUCCAGGCCAGGCCUCACCGCUGGCACAAGGUCCUGUGCACGCAGGCAGCUCAGGCAGAACCGUGUCCCGCAGAGGUUUCUCCACUUGCGAUCACAAACAGAAGGAGGGUUCUGGCCAGAACGCGCAUUUGUUUUAUUUAAGCAGCUUCCCAGCUCUAAGCACUGUGGCUCCCCAGUAGCAGCCCUGUGCCCCGCCUGCCUUCCCCCCGCGGCCACAGGCGUUAGUGACUAGACCCCCACUGUGUCCUUAGCUGGAAGAACACGCUAAUUCCGCAGUAUGUCUGUUGGUUAAACAUUGGACAGUUCUUACCUCAUUUCUGUAAAUAAGGUUUUGUGAAUCUGUUUUGUAUUGUGAAAAAUUCAUAACAUUGAUAUUUUGAUUUGUAAUUCUUCUAAUUGGUAGAUUUAAUUGAAAAUUAAAAUUAAUUUAUUUUUAUAUGUCCAGGGGAAUUUUAAAGAAAGAC